AUGACCAUUGUUACCGUUGUUGCUGACAAAACCAGUGUAACUGCUUCUACUGCUAGCAAAACUAGUUUAACUGCUGCUACUGCUAGCAAAACCAGUGUAACUGCUGCUACUGCUAGCAAAACUAGUUUAACUGCUGCUAUUGCUAGCAAAACCAGUGUAACUGCUGCUACUGCUAGCAAAACUAGUUUAACUGCUGCUACUGCUAGCAAAACCAGUGUAACUGCUGCUACUGCUAGCAAAACUAGUUUAACUGCUGCUACUGCUAGCAAAACCAGUGUAACUGCUGCUACUGCUAGCAAAACUAGUUUAACUGCUGCUACUGCUAGCAAAACCAGUGUAACUGCUGCUACUGCUAGCAAAACUAGUGUAACUGCAGCUAUUGCUAGCAAAACGUGUAUAAUUACUACUAUUGCUAGCAAAACCAGUAAAACUGCUGCUUUUGCUAGCAAAACCAAUAUAACUGCUGCUAUUGCUGACAAAACGAGUAUAACUGCUGCUAUUGCUGACAAAACGAGUAUAACUGCUGCUAUUGCUGACAAAACCAGUAUAACUACUGCUCAGAUUGCUAACAAAAACAGUAGAACUGCUAAAUUUUCUGGCAGUAACAAUAUUGUUACUGCUACUGUUGCUAAUAUUGCCAACAGUAAGAGCAGUAAUGCUAGGAAGCCUGUAGUUUGUUCCAAUGGUAUGGUACGUGCACGUGCACGUGAGAAUAGUGUUCAGCUGUUACGACUAACGGCAGAUGAACAGCAAAAACGAUUUAUCAUAUUCGCUAACUAUAGACUUCUGUGGUCUCAGACUCCUGUGAUUAUAAUCAAUGAGAUGAUCAAAGGUUUUGCCAAAGUAAAAGCAGCUGAAAGACAACUUAAAGAUGGCUCACAAAGUCCGUAUUUUCUACAAACCAAAGAAAUGCACAAGACAUCGACAACAUUUGCAGCAACAACAAAUGGAGCACAAGGUACUUCAUCACAGCAACAAACAACUUCAACUACUGCAGUGCCAACGACAACGUCACAUGAACAAACAACUUCAACAACUACAGAGCCUACGACAACGUCGCAGCCACAAACAACUUCAACUACUGUAGUGCCAACGACCACGUCGCAGCAACAAACAACUUCAACCUCUGAGGUACCAUCGUCCACGUCACAGGCACAAACAACUUCAACGACUAAAGUGCCAACGACCACGUUGCAGCCACAAACAACAUCAACGACUGCAGUUCCAAGACCCCGUGCAGCCAAAAUACUUCAAGAACGCCCUACCCAAAGACCACGUCAAGGAAAAACACUUCUACAAAAAGAGAGCCUACGAAAGACGCAGCCAAAACUACUUCAACGCUGCCGUGCCCCCCAACCAUCGCAGCCCCAAAACUACUUCAAAUACGGCAGUACAACGACAACGUUGCAGCCACAAACAAAUUCAACGAUGCAGGCCCACGAAAGUUGCAGCCCCAAAAAAUUUCAACGAUCGGGCCCACGACCCCUCGCAGCCACAACAUUUUUAACGACGCAUACCAACCCCCACGUCACAAGAAAAAAAAAUUAA